CAGUCUCUGUUCCUCCUAAAAACUACAGUGAUGAAAACUACAUGUUUGUGUUUGUAAAGAUCUUCAUCCUCAGUAGGAACCAAUGGGCUCAGAGACUGGAAGUCAGACCCCAUUAGGAGACGGACCAACACGUUGGUUUGAGCCUUAACAUGAGAUUUGUUGACAAUAAUGAAUGAAUGAAGAGUUUAAAUAUAAACCAGUGCGAGACGAAGCUGCUGUGUUACUUUCAGAAACAGGUCACAUCAGCUGCUCCUUACUUCCUGUUUCAGAAGCUUGACUUGUUCACCUGGAGGAGUCUCUGCUCAGAGGAGGAACUGAAGAGGAGUCAUGAGUCUGAUCAGCAGGAGGAGUCUCUGCUCAGAGGAGGAGAAGCUGAAGAGGAGUCAUGAGUCUGAUCAGCAGGAGGAGUCUCUGCUCAGAGGAGGAACUGAAGAGGAGUCAUGAGUCUGAUCAGCAGGAGGAGUCUCUGCUCAGAGGAGGAACUGAAGAGGAGUCAUGAGUCUGAUCAGCAGGAGGAGGUCUUCACUCAUCUGGGAUCUAUCGGGACCGCAAACAUUCCACCAGAACACCGUCAUCCGGUCGGCCAUGCCUGAGCUCUACGAAGAUGAUGAAGAUGAAUAUGAAGAUGAAGACGAUGAUGAAGAUGAAGACGAUGAAGAUGAUAAAGAUGAAGAUGGUGAAGAUGAAGAUGAUGAUGAAGAUGAUGAUGAAGAUGAAGAUGUUGGACUGUGAGUUUCAGAUGCUGUUGAAUGAUGCAGUGAGCACGUUGUUUCCAGCAGUGACGUGUGAAACUGGUUUUCUACCUGAACUGGAUUCUGGGUAACGGUGAAGAUGUUUGUUUGGAGAGCACCAUGACGUCCUGAGAUGUGGAGCCUGAACGCGACUCGGAGGACGAGCUGCUGGUGAGUUCCUGUUCACUUAAAGGAAGCCUGAGGGAAACUAAAGUGACACGACUUCCUUUAUCUCUUCUACGAGGAAAUGUGUCUGAAACAUUCACAACUUUCAUUCUUUAAAUCUGCAACGACUUCACAAAAACAACUUUAUAAACUACGGGAAUAUACAGAAGUUCAAAGCUGCAGAGAAAGAAAAGAUCAUCAAAUAUAAAGAACUUCAUGUCUUCAGGUUCAAAAGGGAUACAUGUAUUACAUAUCCACAUGCAGAAAUGUUUAAGUUAUAAUUUAAUAUAUAAUAAUAAAAUAUACAGAAAUCUGAAUUAUAGAGUCAAACUAUUGAUGUAUGAGCUGCUAUAGAAGACUGAAGAAUGAUAAUCUUACUGUCUAUGACAGAGAGCAAAUAUUAAAGUACAUUUAGGUGAAAAAAUACAUAAGUUGAGACAAAACAAGUAGUAAAAUACCCGUUACACAGAUAAUGAUUAGUCAUCAGUUCUUGUCCCAGUGAGCGUCAGUGUGAAGACUCGGGGAGGAAACAUUUUUCAUCUUUUUGUUUAAAUCGAUUGCAUCUUUUAAAUUGUUUAACUCUAAUAAUUAUGAACACAAAAGUUAAAAUGAAGUUACGGGAUUUAAAUUGUGUAAAAAACCGACAACAUGCGUCAGAAUAAGAUCAGCUGCUCAACGUUAUAUGAAAUAAUACAACAAACCACGUUAUUCAAAAAUGAAUGAAUGAUAAAGUGUGUUUCACUUAAGUUAAAAAAUGACGGAAUCAUUUUUAACCGUAACUUUGACGGAAUUAGUUUAUUUUUGGUAGAAAUCAUCUUCCGUACUGAAUAUCAUAUUUAAUAUCUAUAACAGUAAGAUCAUCAUUAACCGUUAAUACAUUAACUGUUCUAUUAGUGUUCUCUGUGUGAGGUUUAUGACAUUCAGAUUAUUUAUUAUUACGGUUCGAGUCAAGACAAAACAAAAUUAACUUUUCAGAGUUUUAGCAAAAAGCGAACAAAUCCCACUAACAGUUUUAAAGUGGUGGUUUGUGUAAGUCGUUACUUAUUGAUUAUUGAGUAUUGAGUAUUGAUUAUAGAGUAUAGAGUAUUGAUUAU